AUGCAAGUACAGUGUAACCAAAUUACUAGAGAUCCGCCUAAUAAAGUGAAGUCCGAUGACAGUGCAUCUAGAGUUACGGUCUAUGGCAAUCUGACCUUAGCAUGGAGUCAAAAGGCCUCCUUUUGGGAGCAGAGAACGCGGCUUGAAAAGCGGCUGAUGUUGGCCGUGGCCGUAGUGGCUGUACUGGCCGUCGCAUUCUUUGCAGCCUUCCUUGCCACCAUCAUGAUGAGGCCUUCCACGGAUGUCAAUGAUGUUCCUCAAACCAGCGAGCUCCGUUUGCCAGAGAAAUUCCCUCCAGCAGUCAUUGCUAAGAGCGACGAGCCUAAAGUCUGCAAAGAUGCUGACUGCAUUCAUACUGCAUCAAAACUGUUACAAAACAUGGACGAAUCGGCUGAACCGUGCGACGAUUUCUAUGACUUCGCCUGUGGCUCCUUCGUGAAGAACACCCGUAUACCGGACGACAAAACCUCAGUGAACACCUUCUCAAUAAUUACGGAUCAGCUACAGGAACAAAUCCGGUCACUUCUAGAUGCCCCAAUUGUUGCUGAUGAACCCCGCCCCUUCGUUCUGGCGAAGACGUUGUACCAGGCUUGCAUGAACCGUACUGCUAUCGAAGCGCGUGGUAUUCAACCGCUCACUGACAUGCUUCGGCGUCUUGGGGGCUGGCCCGUGCUAGAUGGAGAAAAUUGGGAUGAGAGAUCGUUCUCGUGGGAGGAAUCCGUUUACCGCUUCAGACACGCUGGAUACUCUGUAGACUACUUCCUGGACUUCUCUAUCAGUGUGGACGUUAAGAACUCUACUAACAGGAUAAUUGAUUUGGACCAAGCAUCUCUAGGUCUCAGUCGGGAGUACUUGAACCGUGGCUUCAAGGACAAGCUAGUCCAGGCCUACUACGAGUAUAUGGUGGAUAUUGCGACACUACUUGGCGCCGAUAGAGCUAGGGCCGAGGUGGAAUUAAAGGAUUCCCUACAGUUCGAAAUUAACUUGGCUAACAUAUCCUUGCCUUUGGAGAAACGUCGUAAUGCUACGAGUCUAUAUAACCCAAUGACAAUUACUGAAUUACAAGAGAAAUUCCCCAAAAUCCCCUGGCUUACGUAUGUAAACAAACUCCUCGCCCCACACGUUGAAGUUAGCCUAGAUGAAAUUGCCAUCGUCAACGUUCCAAAGUACAUUACAGAUCUGGAGAUUUUGCUAGAAAAGACUCCUAAACGCGUGCAGGCGAAUUAUGUCAUGUGGCGAGUUGCUGGCGCGUCUGUGUCUUAUCUAACUGAAGAGCUUCGUCGGAGGCAGUUAGCUUAUGUGACUGCACUUUCUGGUAAAACUGAACGCGAGAGCAGAUGGAAGGAGUGUGCUGAUACAACCAGUGCUAGUAUGUCGAUUGCAGUCGGUGCACUUUACAUUAGGAAGUACUUUAACGAGAAGUCUAAAUUCAAAGCUUUGGAAAUGGUUGAUGAUAUUAGACAACAGUUCAGCAAAACGCUGUCAGAGGUGGAUUGGAUGGAUAGCAUGACUCGUCAAGCUGCGCUGGAUAAAGCACAAGCCAUGGCUUCACAUAUCGCGUACCCUAACGAACUUCUGGAUGAUGAAAAACUAACACAGUUCUAUUCAGGCUUGGACAUGUCUUCAGAUAAAUUGAUGGAAUCCGUAUUAAAUCUGACUCUCUUUGGAACUGAAUACCUCUUUGGCAAGCUUCGUGAACCCGUUAAUAAAACUGACUGGGUCACCCAUGGCCGUCCCGCCAUCGUCAAUGCCUUCUACUCAUCCAUCGAGAACAGCAUUCAAUUUCCGGCUGGUAUCCUUCAAGGCAAUUUCUUCUCGGCGAAGCGUCCAGCUUUUAUGAACUACGGAGCUAUUGGCUUUGUUAUUGGACAUGAAAUCACUCAUGGAUUUGAUGACCAGGGGCGACAAUUCGAUAAGAUUGGCAACUUGGUAGACUGGUGGCAGGAGAUUACCAAGCAGAAGUACUUGGAGAAAGCCAAGUGCAUCAUCGACCAAUACUCUAACUACACAGUCAAGGAAGUCAACAUGAAGUUAAAUGGCGUUAACACCCAAGGUGAGAACAUUGCCGACAACGGUGGCAUCAAAGAGGCGUACUACGCGUAUGAGGCCUGGACCCAACGUCACGGUGAAGAGAGUCGGUUGCCUGGACUCGAAAAGUACUCCCCACGACAGAUGUUCUGGUUAAGCGCGGCAAACACCUGGUGCUCGGUCUACCGGAAUGAAGCCAUUAAGAUGCGCAUAACGACUGGUUUCCAUGCACCCGGCCGCUUCCGAGUAAUCGGACCCUUGGCCAACAUGGACGAAUUCGCCAAGGACUUCAACUGCCCACCAGGCUCUCCGAUGAACCCACAGAACAAAUGCAAAGUCUGGUAG